AUGUCGCUGUUGCCGCCAGACACCGAUCUGGCGGACUUUUCUCGCGUGCGCAUCCUCCUCAUUCCGACCGAUGGAACGCCUCCGGCCGUGUUUGCGCGCGAGGCUGCGGCGCUCAUGGCGUCCUUUUCUUGCGUCUCGCUAGCCUCCCUCCCCCUAACCGCCCACGACCCGUAUCUGCAGCCCUUUCUCUCGUCUCUCGCGCUCUCGGCGCCCCCUGCAGUUUCGCCCUCCGGCGCAGCCGCGGCUGCGGCUGCGGCUGCGCGCGACCAAGACGCGAAGGAGGCGCUGACGGGUCACCGGCCGCGGCGGCGCGUCCUCGGCGGCACGCCGUCGCAGCAGCUCGCGGCGGUGACCUCCAGCAUACACUGCUCUUUCCAGACGCCACAAUACGUGCUCAGCGACUGGGCGGACCUCCACAUGCAUCGGCAGAUCUUGGCUGCCAUCGCGAUCUCCGCGUCGCCCUUCCCGGCCUUCGAGGCGGCGGCGGCCGCUGCAGCGGCCUCGGCGGACGCGCAUGGCGACGCGGAGGGCGACCCCGAAGAGUUUGCAGACGCAGGCGCAGCCGCUGGAGUGAACGGUACGGCGGGGCCUGGCUGGCGAGAGGGGACUGGGCACACAGACCCGGGCGGGGGCGAGGCCCAGGAGCCCGGCGGGCGGGGCACAGGGAAGCGUGGGAGGAAGCCUGGAGAGGCGAGAAAGGACGUUCGCGCGAGAGCUGCGCAAGCGGCGGCGAACGCCGCAGUGGCGGCCGUCCGCCGCGAGUACGAAGUCUUCCGCAAAGUCCUCGAGGAAGACUACCCCUCUGUGCUUGUUCAUCGUCUCUUCGUGGUGCCGCCGGGCGACGCAGCCCAUGGCGAGGAGGGUAGGCAUAGAGGCAUCGCAGGCGGAAUGGACGGCAGCGCAGAAGGCGUCUACGACUCGACCUCCUUCCCCUUCUCCUCGCCCUUCAUGGCGACGGUCCCCCCUCAGGCCUGCGACGACCAAAUUGUCUAUCUCCCGACCUCCGCGUCUGUUGGCCCCGCGCGCCCAGCUCUCUCCUCAGCGUUGUCUCCACUCUUCACCGCUGCGAAAGAAGACUUCUUCCUCUGUCUGCUGAAGCAACUCGGCGCGCUGACACUUCGCGCCCCCGACCGCUGUCCGCCGCUGCUGACGCCGCUUGACAGCCCCCUCCACCACGAGCCCGGCAACUGGAGCGCGGGCGGCUCUCUGCUCUCUCUCUCCUCGGGGAGUUCGUCUUCCUCUCUCCUCGCUGCCUCGCCGAGAGGAGGCGCCGGCGCACCUACGGCGAACACGGCCGCGUCGCAGUCGGGGGCCGCCCCGAACCAGCUGCAGCCGCCGUCGGGCGCCGGCGGGGCGGGGGGGAACCCCGCGGGGGGCAGCUCCUCGUUCUCGCUGUUUGGGACGCCCGCACAGUCCACACAGUCGCCUUCCAGCUCGCCGCGGAAGCCUCCGUUCCACCUCGGGGGCUCGUCGUCCGCCACGCUUCUGCGCCUUCUCCCGGCGCGGCUGCAGAAGCAGGUGGGAGACGCUCUGCUGCUUGGCGGCGCUCCGGCCGCCGCGGCAGGGGUCUACGUCCAGGCCGCGGAGGCCUGCCGCUCCCAGGGCGACACGGUCUGGCAAGCCGCGGCUCUCGAGGGCCAGGCCGCGGCGCUCUACGCGUUCCUCCGCAGCGCCCUCUUCCAGCUCGAUGCGUACGAGAAGGCGUCGCCGGCCCGGACUGCGCUGAGAGGCCGCGACGCCAACGCAGGUUCCCCGAACGCCGAGAACGCGCGUGGCCUCAACAGCGCGAACAACGGGCCCUGUCCGGGGUCGCCGGGUCGCACGCCCUCCGCUGGAGGCCCCGGAGCCGGUGCGGGUGCGGGCGGCGCGGGGGGGGUCGUGGGGGCGGGUGCGGUGGGCGGAGUCUCUUGGGCGAGCAGCUGGUCUGGAUCGGCGCACGCCUCUUCUUCUGCCGCCCAUGAACAUGCGGGGCCUGGAGUCUCGGCAGCGGGGGGGGCAGGGACGGGCGGCGGCAAGACGUCGUGGUGGGCGUUCGAUGGGGGGGCGAGCAGCGGAUCCGCUGACAGCGGAGACGGCGCGCUCGCCUCGUCCGACGCCUCUCUCCUGAUUGCAUUUCCUCCCUCCGUGGAGGCGAUUCUCACACAGUGCGUCCACCGGCGCACCUACGCCCCCCCCCCCGCUUCGUCCUCCGGCGCCACCGGCGGCGGCGGCGCUAGCGGUGGAGGCCUUGUUGUCGCAGGCGGCGCCUUGCCAUUCCCCGCGUUUCUUCCCGGGAGUGGGUCGGGAAGUAACAGCACGGCGGGCGUGUCUAAAGACGAAAAGGGCGUGUCUUCUGCUGGCGCGUACUACUACUUCUCGUCGGCGCAGGGCUCCUCUGCAGCCACAGCUACCGCCGGAGGGGGCGGCUCGGGGCCCGCGGCGGGGGGGAGCGCCGGGGCUGCCGGCCCGCAGGGGACAGGUGGUGGGGAGAGCGCCAGCGGCGCGCGAAGUCUCGCCCAAGCGCCCGACAGCGGCGGCAGGGGCGCGCCGACGGCCGGGGCGGCGAGCAGGCUCUCCGGGGAUGGACUUGCGACGCCCGGGUCUGGCAGGGGCGCUGAGUGUGGCUUGCACUCUGCCAGUUUGAACGGCUGCCUGCCGGGGGGCUCCGACGCCGGAGACAGAGGGGAUCCUAGCGGAAAGGGCCCGGCCUCUGAGGAAAGCGACGGGCCUGCGAGCGACUCUGCCCUGAGCGAGCGUAGGCACGUGUGGGGUGGGGGGCGGGCGGUGGACGAUGGGUUUUUCUGCGAUCAAGAAACCGAGUUUUGCUUUCCGUCUGUCCCGCCGUCGCCGGAGCUACUAGAGGCCAUUGUUGCGCUCAUUCAGUCGGCGUUCGAGGCGGUGUGCCUGAAGCUCCGGGACGCGGCGCAGCUUUACAACUGCCUCCCCGGGUGUGCGCUGCUGCAUGCGUCGACCUCUCUCCUUCUGUGUCGUCUGGUGGCGCGGCUCGGGACCAAGACCGAGAGUCUGCAGUUGAUCAGCAGCGCGGCGGAGAAGGCAAAGCGCCUGGAGGUUCAAGACUUUGUCGCCUGCCUGGCUUCGCUGGCGGCGCUCUGCAGCUCGAUCGGUGCGUUUCGAAAGCUCGCCUUCCUUCUCCACCGCGUUUGCAUGGCGCUCCUUGAGGCGAAGAAAUGGAGCGCGGCGCACUACGCGGCAGCGCUCGCGGCGCCUUGGUAUCACCUCGCCCUUCUCGAGCUGCCUCCGUCAGACCACUUUCACCCGCUCGUUCACGGAAAGCCCCCCGCGGCCUUCCCGUUCGCUGCCGUCCCCUCGCUCAACCCCACGGCGCCCCUUCUGUCCCUCGGCUCGCAGCUCUCCUGCGCGCUCGCUGGGUGCCCCGCCGCCGGAGACGCAGGCAGCCUCGCGCGCUUCGUCGACGCGCUGCGCCAAGAGAGGCAGCGAGAGGCGCGGAGGCACGACGCCGGCGAGGAGACUUGCAGACGGGAGGGCGCCGGUGCGAGGAGCUCCACAAGCGAAGACGAGACGUCGGUACCGCGCAUGAAGAGGCACGGGGCCGCGCGCAGGGCCUACAAACAGGGUCUGGCCGAAUGGGACCUUCUCGGGGAUUUGUCCUUCGCCUCCGCAGUGAAUUCGCCCCUGUUUUCGUUUUACGAGCCCUCUGCGCGGCUCGCUCUCCCCUCCUCUGCCGCGAAGGGAAAGCCUUCCCUGCUGUCCUCUGCGGCGGCCGCGCUCGGCGUGGGCGGCGCGAAUCCCAAGAACCUGGCGCCGCCUGCAGGGCUCUGCGCACGCCUUCCGUCCUCGACUGGUGUCGACUUGGCGCGGCGAUACGGCCGGGGCCAGCGCCUGUCAGGCGAGUCGUCUCUUUCCCCCGAGGACUUCAACUUCGCUGUGAUGCUUCUGCGCCUCCGGCGGACGCUUCGGCAGCAGCACUACACUCCGCAUUCUCCUCAGGCUUCGCCCUGGUGCUACGCGGCUCCGCCGCCUCUGCCGCCCAGCCUGUCCCCUCUGGCGCCCUCGGUGGCUCUGACUGAUCCCUUCUUCUACCUGCCGCGGCCGCCCUUCCCAGUAAGUUCGCCCGCGUCGCUUGACUUUCUUGGGCAGCACCAGCGCCGCGUCAAGUUCACCGAAGGCGGGUUCCACGGGGGACCUGGCGACAAAGGCUUCACGUUCGCGGGAAGCUCGCUGUUUGUGCCCAGCUCGAGCGUUUCGGCAGCUCUGGGCGGGGGCGGCCUGCGGGUCUGGUGGCCCGCUGUUCAGUCCCGCGUCCUGCACAUGCUGAAAAUCACAACGGAGCACCUGGGCGACCCCGGGAAAGUCGCGUGGUACGCAUGCGCCGCCCUCAAGAUCCUGUACCCCGUCAUCGACCACAAAACGCAGGCCAGCACAAUUAUGCUCAUUCAGGCUGCCGCGGGCCGCAGGGCGACGCCUCUGGCUCUUCCUCCGGCCCUGACGAUUGUCUCCAAGCGAGAUGCGCCUGCGUCGAAGCUGUUGCUGGACUCUCAGCGGGGCGCGUACUCCCGCACCGCGUCGCGCAAGCGGGCGGCAGCCGGCGCAGUCCCCGCAGGCGGAGGACCCUCUGGAGCCGGAGGCGGUCGCAGCGGCGCAGGCGCCAGCGGAGGGGGCCGGAGCGGGCAAGACGAGCAGCUCCAGUUCCUCGGCGGCAUGUGCAAGGGGGCGGCGCCGCCCCUUCCUCUUCUGGCCCGAAUACAGCCGGUUGUGGACGCGUCGGUCAUUCGCGAGAAAAGCCGCAAGCACUUGGCAGGCGGAACUCCGCUCCCCGACAGGGAGUCCCGACCCGCGGGGGCGCGGCGGCAGCGCGCCCGAUCUGCGAGCCCCUCGGCGCGGGACACAAGCGCCGAGGCGAGGAAGAGGCGCGACAAGGCGGGCGAGGACGGCGCAGAAGAGAAGGCGAAGACUGUGCUCAUGUAUAAUCCGUUUUCGCAGAAGCAGGACGGAGCCUCCUUCCGCGGCCGAGAAGGCAAGGAAGCGGAGGAACUGCCGGUCGCUGGGCAGUGGGUGAAGGGCGAACUGCGCACCGUGCAGGUUUCUGUGCGGAACCCUUUGGGCGUCGAGCUCGUCCUCGACAAGGCGAAGGUCAUGACGUGUGGCGCCCACGCGGAGGUCUACCCUGUGACCGUUUUGGUGCCUCCGUCUGCCUCCCACCAGGUCACUUUCGAGGUGACUGUGCUGCCCAAGGAGGAAGGCCGUCUUUUCUUCACGGGCCUGACCUACACGCUGAACAAACUGCAGUGCACGCAGCUGCUCCUUCACCAGAGCGCGCGCCUCGCGUCUCUCUUGGAUGCGGACAUGAAGAAUCCUGAAGGCCUAGCCUCGCGCGACCCCGAGAAGGCGAGAGCGAGCCCAGCCGGCUCGGCCUUGCGCGGCGCUGGACGGGGCGAGGAGGCGGCAGGAGGAGGCCCAGAGGGCGCGAGGCAGGCCCGGGAGCAGAUGAGCGAAGAGAACGAAGGGGAGAGUCUUCUCGAGGCGACGGAGAAGGCGCUCGAGCUUCUCAAGUUCAGCGCCGCGGCGAGCGUGGAAGUCGUCGCAGAGCUUCCCCUGCUGCGGGUGUCUGUGGAGGCGUACUCCGCUCCCUCGCCGCCUCCGCCGCGGCUGGUGCCUGCGCAGAGAAACGCGUGUCCCUUUUUCGCAUUUUCUCCUGGCACGUCUCGCGAAUGCGACCGUUCCCAGAGGCGGGGCUCGAGCGCCCUCGGCGGGGGCGGCGAGAGCCUCCGUGCGUCGACGCUCCAGGCGCGCAACGACGACAUGCUCGCGGCGGCGGACGCCAACGCCGCGGGAGAACGCGGCCCAAACUGGGUUGCGCCGCCGCCGCGGGAGGCCAGUGAAGGCCUCAGAGGCGGGGCGGAGCUGCACUCCUUCAAAGCGUGGCCUGAGCGGGCGGGGGGGCGAGCGGAGUCUUCGCACCACAGCCGGCCGGGGUUCUUCCCGGAUUCGUCUGCCAUCAUGAAUUUCUCCAAGUGGCCGGCGAAGCCUCUGUGGCGCUCGGCGACUGGCGGCUUGAGCCGGCGGCGAAAGCUCGGCUUCCCCUGGCACAAAGGCACCUCGUCACACUCGCUCGGCGAGGGGCUGAAGGCCCGAGGUGGAGACGGCAGCGAGCGGAGGGACUUCGUCCAGGGCAGCGCGGAAUUCGGCUGUCAUUCGGCGUCGAGCGACGAGCACCUUCCCUUCGCGGAGGAAAAAAGCUCGGACGACGAAGGCGACUUCGAUUCAGAGCCUUUGUGUGAUGAAGACGAGAACUCACGCCUGCUUUUCGCGUCCGCCGACGAAGAGGUGGAGCUUGCGAGACUUCUCUUCCCGCGCCACAGCACGCUGUGGGCGGCUGCGGGCCCCGGGGGCCCCGCGGGCCUCGGCAGGCUGCCGUACCCGAGCACCUUCUCCGACCUGCCGCCGCGCCGGUUCUCUUCAGGGUUUAGCCGGCGGAGGCUGCGGGGGAACUCCUUCCGAAGAGACUCGUCCUUCUUGCUGGGCGACGAGCUUGACGGCGACGACCGCGGCUUCUCUCACCGCGGUCAGGAGAGGCCGUAUCUGCCCGGCGCGCCCGACGAGGGGCGCGACGAAGACUCCAACAGCUUCUCCAUCGCCCACCUGCGGACCGGCAUAUAUUCGCGCUCGGGGACAGCCCGGCAGCUGGAAGGCGGCGCCGGGUUGAUCAGAGGCGAGACGGAGGUCGGCGGCCGCGCAGGCUCCUUUGCGCAAGAGUACGAAAGCUUCUUCCACCUCCCUUCCGAAGACGCGUGGGCGUCGCCGGCGCCCCGCCAGCACCUCGGCGACGGCGAAGGCCACGAGGGUGCCCACGCCGGAGUGGGCGGGGAGGACCGGCGCUUCUCGGCGUCGCUGUCUCCGCCGGCCCCGCUGUGCAGCGGAGACCCGAGGCACUCGCCGGUGUGGGAGGGCCAGCAUCGGAUGCUGUCUCUGCAGAUAGAAAACGUUGGUCGGGCGCCCGUGCGCGACUUGCGCUUCGAGCUGCUGACCGCCGAUGGCGAGGCGCCGAAGGACGCAAAGGAAGAGGAGACGCUCAAGAGACACUUCCAAGUGCUGUGGCACCCAGCCUGUCAGCCGACGAGCCUCGGGCCCUCUGGCACGGUCAUCUACUCCGAGGAGUCGGUUGUCGAGGCUCUCCUGGCUGGCAGGGGCGAGCGCGAACUCGGGGAAGACGACGACGAGUUCGUCGAGGACGAACUCGCAGAGCAGGCCCGCGCGGGCCUGAGCAGGCAGAGACGCCUCUCGGGUGCCUCCACAGAGGGCACAGAGGACGAAAAAUGCGACCGCAUGCCAGCGGGAACUGACAAAGACGAGGAGCGAGGCCGAGGCUGGCUGGCGCCGCCAACCGAGAGACGCUGCAGGCCGAUGGGAAGGCAGGGGAGAGGCGAAGAAGAAGACCGGGGACAAGUUCUCAUCUCGCCGGGGCAGAAGGUCCGAAUUCCCCUGAGAUGUAUCGCCAGCGCCGAGUGCAGCUCCUGCGUCAUCAGGGUCGUCUAUUCGUACAGCCCGGGCAGCAAGCACCACCGGCAGGUCCUGCAGCCGCUUUCACUCCGCGUGCAGAACGGCCUCCAGCUGCGCCCGCACGGGCUGAACAUUUUCCCCCUCGUCUUCUUCUCCCAUCACGCUGUCCUGAAAACGUACUCGGCCUUUCCGGCGCUCUUCUGCCCUGGAGGCGCCGCCUACUUCCCGUUCCUUGUCGCCCCGUCUCCAUGCUCUCUGUAUGCGUUCCCGCCGCCCACCGACGCCGGCUUUGGCGUGCCCCACGGCUUGCCAGAUGCCAGCGCGCCGCCUCUCGGCCUCCCUCCGCCGCUCCGCGGGCCUCUCGCGGCGUCGCCUGCGCGCGUGUGGGACUUCGGCGGAGACCCGGCGCUCUCAGUCAAACCGCUCGACGACAGUGUGCCUGUGUCUCCCUUCGCGUCGGCGGCGCCCCCGGGGACAGGCCCUGGGGCAAGGGGCGACUUUGGCCUCGGCACAGAGCCGGAAGGCGGCGAGGUCGGCGCGCGCUGUGUGUUUGCCCCCUUCGCGUCGCGCCCGCCCACACACAAAUUCGACCACAAAAGCUGUCUCGUGUGUCUGGAUUUGCAAAACGCCGCGAACGUCGCUUUCGAGUGCUUCACGUCGCACCGCAGAGGCCCCGUCCGCGACCCACGCAGCCGAGACGCCUCGGUCUGCUGCGUGCCGGCGAACGAGUCGCAGUCUCGCUGGGCUCUGUGGGUUCGGCGGCCGCGUCUGUCGCGGGAGACGGUCGACGACGCGGCGAAGGUUGUUGGGGAGCUGGACAAGGAGCUGAACAUCCGCUGGCGUUGUUUUCCCUCGCAAGAGGGCUCGCUGAAGCUUCUGCCGCUGCUGCGUCGAGCCGCGGCCGCGCACACUGCGCGCACCAGCGUCUGCGACUUCUCCCCGACGGGCGCGCGGUCGUCCCAGGGGGCGCCGGCGCCCGCGCCGAAGAAGGGAGUGCGGGGCAGCUCGCCCGAGCGGAGGGAGCGAGAAGAGAAGCGCGGCCGCGGCGGUGACGCGGGGCCCAAGGCCGCAGAUUCGCUUGACAGGCGCGAUGAGGGGAAAGCCAGACGCAAAGGCAAGGAGGACGGUGGAAGCGACGUAGAGACCAAAGAAGACGACGAGUUUGUGCGCCUGGUGCAGCUGCCACACUUCACAGCUCCAGAGCUCCUGAUCCGCCCGCGGAUCGUCAGCUGUCGCUCGCCUCUCUCCUCGCUCCCCGCGCCCUCCGCCGACCCAGCUGGGGCCCCGCGACUGGGCCGAGCGGGGCGAGCCCGCGCGAGUCUCGACUCGUGCGCAGCGUCCUCGGGCCGGACAAGCGUGGACGAAGGAUUUUCGUCGCUCCAAACGAAUUUCCUCCUCCAGUCUGUGAAUGCGGGGCCGCUGUUUGGGCUCCAUCGCCAGUCCCUGGCGGUCGGAAGCGCGGGCGCCGGAGGCGCGAGGGGCGCGGAGGGACGCGGCGCUGGUGUCUCAGGCUGGCGAAUAGACGGCAGCCUCUUGAUGCCAGACCCCAGGGCGUUGGACAGGGAGCCGGACGAGCGAAGGAGAGGCUCGCGGUCAGCGGCAGGUCGACCUGCAGUCCUCACGCAGCCUUCCUUGUCGCGCCCGGUUCGGCUCGGGCCGGACUGCUAUAAAAUUCCUCUCCACGAGCCUGUGACGCUUCAAGUCUACGUGGAGAACCGGCACGACGUGCCCCUGACGAACUGCGUCGUCGUCGUCAUUCCCUUCGUUCAAGGCAGCACAAGCCUCCCCGAUGGACUCCUCUGGUCGGGGAGCCUCAGUCGAGACCUUCUCGAGCCGCUGCCGCCGGCGCGCGUGCGGCGCCUCGAUCUGCAGCGCCUCUUCCUCGCGCAAGCUCAGCAGGCCCGCGAACGGCGCCUCGCGCCCGCGCCCCAGCCCAGCCAGGCCGCCGCCGGCGCCUGUCCCUCCGACGGUGGAGGGCGACCCGAUGCCAACGGCGCGGAAGGCGGCGAGGGGUUGGAUAUUGGUGCGGCGGGGAAGGAGCCCCUCCACGAGGCCUCUCGAGCCGCCGAAAAGGCCUCCGGCGGCAACCAGACGGCGCUGGGAGGCGGGUGGAGGCGCGGAGGCGAUCCGGCGGAGGGCGCAGAGGGCCGCGAGGCGCGGGGGCAGGAAGGCGGGAAGCAGGAGGCGGCAGGGGGCGGGCAGCAGGGAGAGGCAGAGGGGCGCGCGAAAGCGCCCACGAAGCUCGCUGUGGACGAAGGCCGGGAGGCUGCGAAGGUGACAGGGAAGGACAGAGGGCGGCGGUGCAGCUGGGACCCGUCUUUGGAUUUGUCUGGCGACGAACUGGGGGACGGUUUCGAGCGAAGAGUCGGCAGAGAGGGUCUUUACGUCGAGGGGCUCCACAGGCUCGAGCGAAGAGGCGCUAUCCUCGCGCACCGCGUGACGCUGAUGGCGUGCGUCCCUGGUAUGUUCAGCGUCGCGGUCGCAGUCCUCGUGCGACCCGACAACGUCAUGUAUUGGCACUAUCAGCCUCUGCGACUCAUCGCAUGA